GCUUCUGUUACUUAAACCUCAAGCUCGGGUGCGCUUCCCCUCGUCAUCGCAAGGAAAAACCCUAGCCUCUUUUUCGUCUCUCGACGCAACCAAUAAUGACCGGAGAGGCUGUGAAUCCUAAAGCUUACCCUUUGGCGGAUGCCCAACUCACAAUAACAAUACUGGAUCUUGUCCAGCAAGCUGCCAAUUAUAAGCAGCUCAAGAAGGGUGCUAAUGAAGCAACCAAGACGCUGAACAGGGGUAUUUCUGAGUUCAUAGUUAUGGCAGCAGACACUGAGCCACUUGAGAUUCUUCUCCAUCUUCCUCUACUUGCUGAGGAUAAGAAUGUUCCCUAUGUAUUCGUUCCAUCAAAACAAGCACUUGGACGAGCAUGUGGAGUCACACGGCCAGUGAUAGCGUGUUCUGUGACAAGUAACGAGGGAAGUCAAUUGAAAUCCCAGAUACAACAACUAAAGGAUGCUAUUGAGAAGCUUUUAAUCUGAGAAAUGCUAUUCGGUAUGAUGGGCUUCUUGGGUUGUGGCGAUGCUCCUCCAGAGGCUUUGACUGGACGAGAUGUUGUGUUAUCUAGGGGAAUAUAGAUGUGUGUUGACCUACAUUGUCGUUGAUUAUAAAAGAUUAUCUGAGUGGUAUUUUUUGCUUUAGUAUGAGUGAUGCUUUGAACUGGGAUUUUAAGUUUUCUAUGUGACUUCAGAUAUCUCGAGAAAUUACGCACCUCUCUCUUCUACUUCGAAUCUAA